AUGGAAUUAAGGAUUACUUUUCCCAUGUUGUCCAUGCUUUCUUUUGGAAUCUUUCACACAGCAUCUUUGGGUGAAGCCUCCCUCAGCGCACGUCACUACAGAACCAAGCGAUGCUCAUGUGCUACUUUCCUGGAUAAAGAGUGCAUUUACUUUUGCCACCUGGACAUUAUUUGGGUCAACACUCCUGAACGCACAGUAUCAUAUGGACUGGGUAAUGCACCCCGCAAGAAGCGUUCUACAGUGCAGGAAGCGCCCAACUGCAACGAGCCAUCACGCUGUUAUUGCACAAACAGCAAUGAUGACGCGUGCUGGUCGUUCUGCCACAGACCUAAGCCAUUAAGAUGCAAAGCAACGCGUGACAAGGUGAUCCCUACCGCCGCCGGCCAUGACUGUGCCAAAAAGAAGUGUAAAUAUAGCCUGGCUGCAAAGACAAGGGGGAUUAAAAGGGCUGAUAAAAGAACAGACCCCUCAAGUGCAAGGGCUGCCCCACGACUUCAUCCUCUCCUGGAGAAAUGGAGGGUAAGAUGGCCCAGCAAGACACUAGCUUGGGCUACAGACUCCUAA